AUGCCGUCUCCACCUAGAAGCUCAAUAUCGUUUCCGAGUUCGGCGGAUCUGUUCUACUUCUGCACGACAUCGUCGACCUCUGAAGAAGACCUCAACAUCCACUACGCACCUCCGUCAAGCUCCUCGUUACGCAUUGGUGUCAUUGUUCUCGGUAACGAUCAAGUCCAACUAGCCGAUCUAGCCGCUCUCGACCUGCUCGCCAUGGUCGGAAGGAACAGAAUCUGCAGAACGAACGCCACAGCAGUAGCCAUGGAAAACGCCGUGGACGAAGUCGACAUUCGAUAUGUCAGUGUGACCGGAGAGGGGAGUUUUCCUGUCACGGCUGGCACGCGAAUGCCGGUGACGAACUCAUUUGCAAACGCGCCUCAAUUCGACAUUCUCUUCAUCCCUGGAUCCUUCUCGUCAAGCGAGUUGCCGGUGGAGGCGACCUCAUUUCUCACCUCACAAUGUCUGAAUCCCAACCUCAUUGCCAUCAUGAGCAUUGCUUCAGGCAUAUGUCACCUCGUACAAUCGGGUAUCUUACGUGGAACACGAGCUGCAGCACCUAAGCCUUUGCUUCCCGUUCUCCAGCAGCAAUAUCCCGAAACGCUCUGGCAGCGCUCAGCCUGGGCUCGACACGAGAAAGUGUGGACAAGUAAUUCGUCUGUCUCAGCGCUUGAUAUGGUUUCGACAUGGAUGCGCGAGUACUUUUGGGAUAGAAGCCAGGCUGUUGAGUAUGUUCUUACAGCCGCGGGCAUGGGAUCGCUCUACGAUUAUGAUCAUUGCGACUACUGA